UCUGCUGCUCUGCUGAAGCCUCUUUUCUGGUUGGUCUGGCAGGAACCGGCCCGCGCUCCGUGGAUAUAUAGAGGAGGGUUUAAGCUGCUGAGGGAACACUUCUCUUUGUCCCGACUUUAGAGAGCACCUGAAAAAUGAGUGGCCGCGGCAAGACCGGUGGAAAAGCCAGAGCCAAGGCAAAGACCCGCUCCUCCCGUGCUGGGCUCCAGUUCCCAGUCGGCCGUGUCCACAGGCUGCUGCGCAAAGGAAACUAUGCGGAGCGUGUCGGUGCCGGCGCUCCCGUCUACCUGGCGGCUGUGCUGGAGUACCUGACCGCUGAGAUCCUGGAGUUGGCUGGAAACGCUGCCCGCGACAACAAGAAGACCCGUAUCAUCCCCCGUCACCUGCAGCUGGCUGUCCGCAACGACGAGGAGCUCAACAAGCUGCUGGGCGGAGUGACCAUCGCUCAGGGCGGCGUGCUGCCCAACAUCCAGGCUGUUCUGCUGCCCAAGAAGACCGAGAAGGCCGCCAAGGCCAAGUAAACCUGGACACUCUCUGACUGCUGCAAACCAGCCCCCCAAACGGCUCUUUUAAGAGCCACGCACUCACCUCAUAAAGAGCUCUCAUUCUCA